AGAGGCUGAGAGAGGAAGUGAAGCAAUUGAGAAGUUUGGUGGAAGAGAAAGAUGAGAAGAUAAGAGAGAUUGAGGUUGGAAUGAUGGAGAAGAACAGUGAGAAAGAGUGCGAAUUGAUGGGAACUAAGCUCUAGGUUUAGCAGAUGAAGGAGGAGAGAGCAAGGAGAGAUGAAGCUAUGGAGAAGUGGAAGCAACUUUAUCUUGCAAUUAAGACUGAGCUAGAUGAACUCAUUCAAAGAACAUAUGAUGGGGAUGGUUUGUAUUGGAAAGUAGAGGAAAAUGACAUCCAAAUGGAAAAUAUGAAAAAGGAGUUGCAAGAAAAGGAAGAAACCAUCAAGGCCUUAAAAACUCAAUUGCUUUCAAUGGAGAAAGAAAAGUACAAAAAGGAGGGGGAAUUUGACUUGUUAAGGCAAAGCCUGAGGAUCAUGAAUGGCAAGAAGAGUUCAAUUCAAACGAAAGACAAGCUCUUGAAAAGCAAAUUGGGAAAAUGAAAUGCACAAAAACUAGUUUUCAUAUCCAAAAUUGAACAAUGUGGUUGAAUAUGUAUUAUUGUAUACUGGGUUGGUUUGUAUCUUUCAACAGCACAUAUUUUCCUUUUACUUUUUCCCCCUCCUUUUUCUUCAGAAAAAAUAAGCAAGCCAAUACUUCCAAAGGAAAAAAAAC